CCCAGCCUCCCCCAGGCCCAGGUGCCCCCCCAAUGGGGUAGCUGGACGGGGGCCCAUGGGCAGCGCCCCACCCAGGAGGCGGCGUCAGCGGGCAACAUGCCCAGUGUCCUGGGGCUCCUGCUGGCCUGGCUGGGGGGUUGCGGCUGUGCCGGACGCCUGGGUCCCCCCUGGCCAGGCUCCCGGGGGGCCCCACCCCAGGGCUGGGAACGCCCCCUGCUGAGAUCCCGACGCAGCUGGGUCUGGAACCAAUUCUUCGUCAUCGAGGAGUAUGCCGGCCCUGAGCCUGUCCUCAUCGGCAGGCUGCACUCGGAUGUGGACCGGGGUGAGGGGCGGGUCAAGUACGUGCUGACGGGCGAGGGGGCCGGGACGGUGUUUGUGAUCGACGAGCGGACGGGGAACGUGCACGUGACCAAGACGCUGGACCGGGAGGAGAAGGCCCAAUACACGCUGCUGGCCCAGGCCGUGGACCGGGCCUCGAACCGGCCCCUGGAACCGCCCUCCGAGUUCAUCAUCAAAGUGCAGGACAUCAACGACAACCCACCCGUCUUCCCAGAUGGCCCCUACCAUGCCACUGUGCCCGAGAUGAGCAACGUGGGCACAUCCGUGAUCCAAGUGACGGCCCAUGACGCUGACGACCCGAGCUACGGGAACAGUGCCAAACUGGUGUACAUGGUGCUGGAGGGGCUGCCCUUCUUCUCCGUUGACCCCCAGAGCGGCGUGGUGCGCACUGCGAUCCCCAACAUGGACCGGGAGGCGCAGGCGGAGCUGCUGGUGGUGAUCCAGGCCAAGGACAUGGGGGGCCACGCCGGGGGGCUGUCGGGGAGUGUCACUGUCACUGUCACCCUGAGCGACGUCAAUGACAAUCCGCCCAAAUUCCCCCAGAACUCUUACCAAUUCUCGGUGCUGGAGACGCUGCCACCUGGCUCUCCCGUGGGGCGGCUCCGGGCCCACGACCCGGACGAGGGGGACAACGCACGGCUGAGCUACCGGCUGCUGGACGGGGAUGGGCCCUUCGCCAUCAGCACUGACCCGCUGGGCCGGGACGGCAUCCUCACCAUCAGCCAGCCGCUGGACUUCGAGCGGCGCCAGGCGUACGCCCUGCGGGUGGAGGCAGCCAACACGCGGGUCGACCCGCUGUACAUCCGUCAGGGGCCCUUCAAGGACGUGGCCACCGUGCACGUGGCCGUGGAGGAUGCGGCCGAGCCCCCGGCCUUCGCCCGGCCCAGCUACCAGCUGGGUGUCCCCGAGAACAGCCCCCCCGGCACCGUGGUGGGGAAGAUCACAGCCUCUGACCUGGACACACCCAGCAGCACAAUCCGAUACUCCAUCCUGCCCCACUCGGACCCCGGGCGGUAUUUCAGCAUCAGCCCCCAGGACGGGACCCUCCGCACGGCCCUGCCCCUCGACAGGGAGACGCUGGCCUGGCACAACCUGACCGUGGUGGCCACCGAACUAGACAGCCCGGCGCAGGCUGCGCCCGUCCCAGUGGUUGUCCAUGCCCUGGACGUGAACGACAACGUGCCUGAGCUGGCGCCGGGGACCGAGCCCUUCAUCUGCCACGGCACCGUGCCCGGCCAGCUGAUCCAGACCAUCUGGGCCCUGGACCGGGACGAGGCGGGGGCCGGGAGCCGGGUGACGAUUCACUCCCCGCCGGGGCUGGGACCCUCUGACCUCACUGUGCGGGACAACGAGGACGGCUCGGCCGCUCUCCUGCUCCGGACCCCGCGGCUGUCCCCCCCGGGUGGACCCCCCCUACUGGUGCCCCUGGAGCUGGUGGAUGGGGGACACCCCCCACUGACCGGCACCCCCACCCUGACACUAAGCGUCUGCCAGUGCCGGCCCGACGGCGCCCUGCGCUCCUGCCAGCCCCCCCUUGCCACCGGCGCCGCCCCGGGACUCAGCACCGCCGCCCUGCUGGCCAUCCUGGGCUGCGGCGCCAGCCUGCUCGCGCUGGCAGGGCUCCUGGCCCGGGGGCGCCCCAAGGGGGGGGCGCGGAUGACACCGGCGGAGGAGGGCGAGGUGCGUGAGAACAUCAUCAGCUACGACGACGAGGGCGGGGGCGAGGCCGACACCCAGGCCUUCGACAUGGCCGCUCUGCAGCGUCCGCCCCCUCCCGGACUCCCCUCUGGCCCCCCCCGCCUGGCCACCUGCCUCGCCGCCCGCCUGGGCCGGGCCGACGCCGACCCCCGGGCCCCCCCCUACGACUCGCUGCAGGUCUAUGGCUACGAGGGUGGGGGGACGCCCUGUGGCAGCCUCAGCCCCCUGGGCUCCUCCUGGGGGGACAGCGAGGGGGAGGGGGGCGACCCUGGUGAGUGGGGGCCCCUCUUUCGCACCUUGGCCGAGCUCUACGGGGGCCAAGAGGGACCCGCCUGAGGCCACGCCCACCUCCAGCCAUGCCAUGGGACCACGCCCACUUCACAGCCAUUCCUGAGAGGCCACGUCCCCUCCCUCUCGGUCAUGCCAGCAAGGUCACGCCCACCUUCCAGCCAUGCCAUGGGCGUCCCACCUGACCACGCCCACUUCCCAGCCGCACCUGAGAGGCCUCCCACCCCAGGUCAUGCCAGUUAGGCCACACCCACCUGCAGCCACGUCCACAAGGCCACGCCCACCUCCCACCCAUGCCGUGGGUCCACACCCACUUCCCAACCACACCUUUGAGGCCACACCCCUCCCUCUAGGUCAUGCCAGUGAGACCAUGCCCAGCACCAGACCACGCCAUGGCCGCACCUGCAGGCCCACACACUCUCCUAGCCACGCCCCCAAGCAGGCCACUCCCACUUCUAGCCACACCCCUUCUCAGUCCCAUGGCCCCUGCAGCCCUGCCUCCCCCUCAGUGCUUCGCCCCCCCCACCUACCCUCCGCUCGGCCUUUGUCCUGUGUCCAUCCGUCUCUCCUCUCCCCGCCCGCCUGUCCUCCCCCCACUCACUGGGUGUGUUCCCCUCAUUGGGUGAUCAGCCCCCCUCCCACCCGUUCCCUCCUUUCCCUGCCCCCCCAUGGCUGCUCACCCACUGUGACUGACUGUGACCCCCCGCCCCUGAUUAAUGCUGUAUCCAGCCCCCCGUCAGGCUGAGCCCCACCCCCAACGUGGCAUCCUGCCACCCCCCAGCCAGGGGAGCCCCAGGAAAUCCCAGGGGAUUGUGGGGGCUUGGACCCCCACACAUCUAGGAUCCACCAGACCCUGCUGCUCCCCCAGAUCCACUAGAUCCCCCUGCCCCCUUCCCCCCCCGUGGAUUCUGCAUUGGGACUUUUAAUGUCACGGGAUAUUGGGGGUGGGU